GAGCAACUCAGUUGGUAGCUGACACAAACACUCGUCAACCACGACGUUGGGCAUCAAAGAAUGUCUGCGUGGCAUGGAGCACGAAGUUUGAUUGCAGCAGGGAGACCCAGGUGGUUUCCAUCGGAAGCCAUUCUUCCUCGGAGCGCAGGAGCCCGGCUCUUCUCCAGCAACAUCCAUGCAUCACCUCUGACGCGGUGCCGGCGACACCAGGCCGAGCUUGAAAUCAAGAAAGACCAUAUCAGGCAAUAUAUUCGAACCCUUGAGCAUGGAAGGAGGCGCUUCUCGACGAGUCCGGCGAACAGGCACGGACACCUUGACCCUCCGAAACCGGGAGAAGAGCUACACGUCACAUUCAUCGACAAAGAUGGCGAGAAAUACACCUUCGAAGUCGCAAAGGGAGACAAUUUACUAGAUAUAGCGCAGGCCAACGAUAUCGAGAUGGAAGGCGCAUGCGGCGGCUCUUGCGCCUGCUCAACCUGUCACGUCAUUGUCGAAUCCGAAGAAAUGUACGAUAAAAUCCCCGAGGCCAGUGACGAUGAGAACGACAUGCUAGAUCUGGCGUUUGGAUUGACCGAAACAUCACGGCUAGGAUGCCAGGUACAUAUGACGCCCGAGCUCGACGGACUCGUGGUCAAGCUACCACAGAUGACGAGGAACAUGCAGGCUUCAGAUUUCGAGAAGCGGUGAUGCGGCAAGACAAGGAAGAAGCGGUUGUUGUUGACAUGUCACAAAAUAAAGCUGUACAUGUACUAUCAUAAUGUUGCUCUCGCACCCAGCGGAGCAUAUGCCUUCAACUCGGGACGCGCAACUCAUCAC